AUUCACUCGGUAUUCGAUUGUACGACCUGGGCUUUCAAUUUAGCUGCUAUCGGUGCUCGAUUUUCUUUUCAGUUGCACAGAAAGAUGGCGGACCGGACGCCUGGCUCUCAAAAAGCUAGCGCUAAGGCGCUGCUUGAGAGCAAACUCAAGUCUUUCAGCAUCGGCAAGAUGGCUGUGGCAAAAAGGACCCUUAGCAAGAAGGAGCAAGAUGAAAUUAAGAAAAAGGAAGAUGAGCGAGCGGCAGCAGAGAUUUACGAAGAGUUUCUUGCUGCUUUUGAGGGAGGAGGGGAGGGCAAAGUCAAAGCAUUUGUCCGUGGGGGUCUGGCGAACGCAUCGAAAGACGAAGCGGCCUCUGAUGACAAAAAGGGAAAACUAUACAAGCCCAAAUCACGUUUUGAGACCCAGCCGAAAAGCAUCCUGCCUCUGGAGACCCCAUCCCAGUUUUUACCAGCAGACAAAAGAAACGCUGCAAAGAAAGCCAGUGACAAGGAAAAGAAGAAGAGCAACUUGGAGCUUUUUAAAGAAGAACUUAAACAGAUCCAGGAAGAGAGGGAUGAAAGGCACAGGAUGAAAGGACGCGUCAGUCGCUUCGAACCCCUGCCUGGAUCGGAGGGAAGACGCUCCUCGGAUGGUUCUUCAAGAAGAAACCGUCCGUCCAGUGUUCUGGACGACUGUGCGCCGGGCUCCCACGAUGUCGGCGAUCCAUCCACUACUAACUUGUAUCUUGGAAACAUCAACCCACAGAUGAACGAGGAGAUGUUGUGUCAAGAAUUUGGCCGCUACGGCCCCCUGGCCAGCGUGAAAAUCAUGUGGCCGAGGACGGAUGAGGAGAGGGCUCGGGAGAGGAACUGUGGCUUUGUGGCCUUUAUGAACAGGAGGGAUGCUGAGCGAGCCCUCAAGAACCUAAAUGGGAAAAUGAUUAUGAACUUUGAAAUGAAAUUGGGAUGGGGCAAAGGUGUGCCCAUCCCCCCACAUCCCAUAUACAUCCCUCCCUCGCUGAUGGAGCACACGCUCCCGCCGCCUCCCUCCGGCUUACCCUUCAACGCACAGACCCGAGAGCGGCUCAAGAACCCCAACGCUCCAAUGAUUCCUCCGCCCAAAAACAAGGAGGAGUUCGAGAAGACUCUGUCGCAAGCCAUAGUCAAAGUGGUUAUCCCAACAGAAAGGAAUCUGCUCUCUCUCAUCCACCGCAUGAUCGAAUUUGUGGUGCGUGAAGGCCCAAUGUUUGAAGCCAUGAUCAUGAACAGAGAAAUUAACAAUCCGAUGUACAGGUUUUUAUUUGACAACCAGAGUCCAGCACAUGUAUAUUAUCGGUGGAAGCUCUACACCAUACUACAGGGUGAAUCUCCGGCCAAAUGGCGAACGGAUGACUUUAGAAUGUUUAAGAACGGCUCUUUAUGGCGCCCGCCUCCUCUUAACCCGUACCUCCACGGUCCUUAUGACGACGGCGACGAAGAGGAAGAGGAGGAGGAGGCCAACAAGAAAGGCUCCUUGAAAGAAGAGGAGCGGGACAAACUGGAGGAGAUGCUCCGCGGUCUGUCUCCGCGGAGGGGGGACAUCGCCGAGGCCAUGCUCUUCUGUCUGACCCACGCUGAAGCUGCAGAGGAGAUCGUGGAGUGCAUCACGGAGUCCCUCUCCAUCCUGAAGACCCCUCUACCAAAGAAGAUUGCGCGGCUAUAUCUGGUUUCCGAUGUGCUGUACAACUCUUCUGCCAAAGUAACCAACGCGUCUUACUACAGGAAAUACUUUGAGACGAAGCUGAGCCAGAUCUUCGCCGACCUCAAUGCCACGUACAAGGCGAUACAAGGACACCUGCAGAGCGAGAACUUCAAGCAACGAGUGAUGUCAUGUUUUCGGGCGUGGGAGGACUGGGCCGUGUACCCGGACCCCUUCCUCAUUAAGCUGCAGAACAUCUUCCUCGGCCUCGUCAACAUCUCUUUAGAAAAGGAAGUCCUCCCUCUUGUUGUGGAGCCCGAACCCGCAGAAGACCUCGACGGGGCCCCACUGGGCGAGUUUGUGGAUGGAGCUCCUCUGGAGGACGUGGACGGCAUACCCAUUGAUGCAGGACCUAUCGACGGGGCCCCGAUUGAUGGGGCCCCUCUGGAUGACUUAGACGGGGUUCCUAUCAAGACCCUGGACGACGACAUAGAUGGAAUACCUUUGGACCAGUCAGCGGGAGCUACUUUCAAGGUUGCGCCGUCCAAAUGGGAAGCGGUGGAUGAGACAGAGUUACAGGCUCAAGCUGUCACAACAUCGAAAUGGGAGGUAUUUGAGCAACCAGAAGAAGCCAAAAAGGGUGAGGGCGACAGCGACGCUGAAGAAAGGAGCCCUCGCUCAGAGGAUAACCAGAGCAGCUCCAACCCCAUCAGAGACGACACUGAUAAUAAGGCCAAGAUGGCCGAGAUGAACGAGGAGAAACGCACCAAGCUCAGAGAGAUUGAGGUUAAAGUCAUGAAGUUCCAGGAUGAGCUGGAGUCUGGCAAAAGACCCAAGAAGCCUGGCCAGAGUAUCCAGGAGCAGGUGGAGCACUACAGGGACAAGCUGCUGCAGAAGGAAAAAGAGAAAGAAAAGCUGGAGCGUGAGAAGGAGAGGGAGAAAAAAGAGAAGGAGAAAGCAGAGACGCGGUUAAAAGAGCUGAAGAAGGAAAAGGAGAAGGACGACACGCCGACUAGGAAAGAAAGGAAGCGGCAUCACAGCGGCUCUCCCAGUCCCCCCAGGGGCGGCGGCAGGCGAGGCCGGUCGUCCUCGCCGCGUUCGGAGCGCUCGGAGAGGUCAGAGCGCUCCGAACGGUCGUAUCCGAAGGACACGUCGUCCCGCGUGUCUCAUAAAGACUCCCCUCGGUCCAGCAGCAAAAAGUCCUCCAAGAGAUCCCCAUCUUCACCUCGCACACCAAAACGGUCGAGGCGGUCGCGCUCCAGGACACCCAAGAAAUCCACGAAGAAGUCCCGCUCCAGGUCCAGAUCCCCCCACCGAUCUCACAAGAAAUCCAAGAAGAGCAAACACUGACGUCUCUUGUUUUCGUGGUUCACUUGUAAACCCGCCCCUCUCACUCUUCCCCCUUCUCUGCGCCGCACGAUCUGAAGACGAACUGCUCUGGCAGCCGGGGGGGGGUCUGAAGGCUAACGGAGAGGACAACAAAGAGUGGAAGGCGUUGCAUGGGUUGGCAUCUGGUAGAUGGGGGAGGGGGGGGCACCGCUGUUUUAUAUUGUAAAGAUUUAAAAAAAAAAAAA